AUGUCUCCAUCAGCAACAGAGGCCGCAGCAGCCAAGGUCGAGGAUAUCAAGGCGAAGAUCCUUCCCACGAAGGAAUCGCAACCUGAUUCUGACUUUACGUCUCAAGAUGAGGCGCUCCCCGAGCUCCUGACAGGCCACAGAGAGCCACUCAAGCCGACCGGUGUUCUAGACCAGUACGAGCACUUCGACGUGACGCCCGUCAUCGGCCGCGAAUACCCGACCGUCGAUCUGAAAGAGCUCCUCAGGGCCCCAAACUCUGACGACCUGCUUCGCGACCUAGCAAUCACCAUCUCGCAGCGUGGCGUUGUAUUUUUCCGCAAGCAGGAUAAUAUCGACAACGACCUGCAGAAGGAACUCGUCCAGCGCCUCGGCGAGCUUUCGGGGAAGCCGUCGACUUCGAAGCUCCACAUCCACCCUGUCAACAACUCUGGAAGAGGCGACACCACGGACGACGAGAUCAGUGUCAUCUCGUCGGCGCAGGCGAAAAAGCUGAAUCUGCACCGCUUCCUGAACUACAACAAGAAACAGACGCAAAAGACGCAGUGGCACUCGGAUAUCACCUUUGAGCCAGUGCCGAGCGACUACGCUCUGCUGCGCCUGACACAGCUGCCAAAGACUGGAGGAGACACGCUCUGGGCCUCGGGCUACGAGGUAUACGACCGGAUAUCGAAGCCACUUCAAAAGUUCCUCGACACCCUGACUGCGACAUACGCCCAGCCAGGCUUCAACGCAACAGCGGAGAGUAACGGCUUCAAGCUCUACACCGACCCCCGCGGCGCCCCGGAGAACGUCGGUGAGCUCCUCGAGGCCGUCCAUCCGGUCAUCCGCACCAACCCAGUAACCGGGUGGAAGAGCGUCUUCGCCACGGGCCAGCACGUGGCCAAGAUCAACGGUCUGUCGGAAGGGGAGUCGAGGCACUUCCUCGACUGGUUCGUGCAGCUGAUCGUGGAGAACCACGACCUGCAGGUGCGAAACCGCUGGCAGAACGAGAACGACGUGGCAAUCUGGGACAACCGCUCGGUGUACCACGCCGCGACGCCGGAUUAUCUGACGGAGGGCUUAGGAGAGAGGAAGGGGUCGCGUUCCGUGAGUCUUGGAGAGAGGCCGUACUUUGAUCCCCAGAGCCUGAGUAGGCGGGAGGCCUUGCGUGCAGAGGCCAUUGCCAGCCUAAAGUCGGACUCGAGUUGA